UGUUAUACAGGGGAGCCACCCGCCGGUGAAACGCAUAGCUACGCUACAAAAAGCUUUAUUAGUUUCCAGACUAUAAGCGGUACGAAAAGGGGGUAAAUUAAUCUCAGCGAAACUUUCUGCGCACCUUCAACGCAGACCCAGCUACGCCUGGGCGCCGGAAGCUGUCCCGUAUUCCCCUUUUCGCUGCUCUAAAACAGCAAAAGUAGAUAAAAGCGGCUGCGCGAAUGUCGUGCGCGCUGGUUGGACCCUCCGGGAUCCGGAUCCCUCUGAUGGACGGACGGGCUGUGAUUCUGGGCCGGGGUCCGGAAACCGGGGUGACCGACAAGAAAUGCUCCAGGCACCAGGUUAAGGUGGUGGCUUGCUAUUCGGAGCAGGAUGCGGUUGUUACUCAGCUCGGGCCCAAUCCCAGCUCCCUGAACGGUGAGAACCUGGGCCGGGGUCAGUCGGGUAAACUCGCCCACGAUGGCACCCUGUACCUGGUCAACCAGAGCCACCCGUUUACACUGAACUUCUCUCUGAGCUCCAAUGGGACAGCGCGCGGCGUCCCAAAGAGGGGCGCGAAGGCCGCGGAUAAGACUAAGGGUGGGAGAGACGGGAAAGAGGGGGAACCGAGUCCGACGCCCAAACGCAGCAUCAAGGAUUUCUUUUCUGCCUCUCCCUCUAGGUCUUCCAAAAGGCAGCUGAGCCCAGAGAGGGAGCGCGCUGAAGUGAAGCGACAGAGGUUAGACGAGGAUAAUGAUGAGGAGGAGGAGGAGGAGAGACUCGCCGAGGAGAAGCUGCGGCACCUGCAGGAGUUUGCAGAAAAGAACAUGACAGAGGAGGAGAAAAGAGACCCCCAGUCUCUCCCGUCUUCGUCCCCAGCAAAGGCGUGUGUGAGGAGCAGCUGGCAGCAGACGGGAAACCUGAUGUUUUACACCGCCACCGGAGUGAAAGCGAGCAACAAGAUUGCUGGGUUUGAUAUUGACGGAUGUAUCAUCACCACCAAAUCUGGAAAAGUCUUUCCGACUGCACCCGACGACUGGAGGAUCCUGUACCCAGAGAUUCAGCCCCGGCUGGCCAACUUGCUCAAAAAAGGAUACAAGGUCGUUUUCUUCACCAACCAGCUGGGCAUCGCCAGGGGCAAACUGAGACCAGAAGUGUUCAAGUCCAAAGUGGAGGACGUCCUCGCCACGCUGCAGCUGCCCGUGCAGGUGUUUGUAGCCAGCGGCCCCGGUGUUUACAGAAAACCCGUGACUGGAAUGUGGCGUCACCUCUGCGAGAAGGCUAAUGAUGGCGAGCCUGUAGACAAGUCGCAGAGUUUUUACGUAGGAGAUGCUGCAGGAAGGCCGGAGAACUGGGCUCCUGGCAGGAAGAAGAAGGAUUUCUCCUGCAGUGACAGACUGUUCGCGCUGAACAUCGGCCUACCGUUCUACACCCCAGAGGAGUACUUUCUGGGUUGGAAGAGCGCCCCCUACAGCCUGCCUGACUUUGACCCCCGGAAACUUGACUCCACCAGCAGGCUGUUCGACCCGCCGUCCGCCUCUCUCAUCUCCACCAAGGCGGAGGUCAUCGUUGCCGUUGGUUACCCUGCAGCUGGUAAAUCCACCUUCUUCCACACCCACGUUAUUCCAAAGGGCUACGUCUACGUCAACAGGGACACGCUCGGCUCCUGGCAGAACUGCGUGUCGGCGUGUGAGCGCGCCCUGAGGGACGGCCGCAGCGUCGCCGUGGACAACACCAACCCAGACCCCGAGUCUCGCAAACGCUACGUGGACGUGGCCAAGGCAGCGGGGGUGUCCUGUCGCUGUUUCCUCUUCACGGCCACUCUGGAGCAAGCCAAGCACAAUAACAGAUUUCGUGAGAUGGCUCCAUCCGACAGCAAACACCCUAAGGUCAACGACAUGAUUUUCCACAGCUACAAGAAACAUUUUGUGGCUCCGGCUCUCUCUGAGGGGUUCUCUGAGAUCCUUCAAAUCCACUUUGUUCCCCAGUUCAAGGACAGAGAGUCUGAAAGUCUGUUCAGACAGUUUUCUGAGGGCUGACCGGACUCCUGCCGCUUGUUCUGCCGAGGUUGAAGCCCCGACGACGGCUGAGGAAUGGAAGAGGCGUUCAUCAGACCUGCAACCGAUCACCGGUUUACAGAUUUAGCUCACAUACAGGGUGAGCAGCAAAAGCCAUUAGUUUAAGAACAGUAAUGCUGGUUAGAGUAGCUCAGAAUCAGAUCCUUGUGUAUUUAGAUAAUGUUGCAAGAAGCGUUUCAACAGAUCGACAUGCAGACAUGUUUUCUGUCUAUACGUUGAGUUUAGACUACAAAGGAGGAAAAAGUUGGUAAAAAGCUUAUCUCACUCUCCAUUAUGCGUGUUUUUUGUAAGUUUUCCAUCGGGCCAAAUUUCAGUGUUACCAGACUGGACUUUCUAAACUCUGACUAAUUCAUGACAUCAUGCAUCGACGCCUCACAAACGUCGCCCACCAUACGUCUUUGUUCCUUUUGGGUCCGAUGGUUUGCAUUUGAACGUGCUCUGCUCGAAAUGUACAGAAACGUCACUCUUUAAUUUAAAGUUUACACUUUUAUUUUUU